AAACCUCGACUAUAUAUAUAUAUCCGUUAUACAGUGCUCAAUACUGGGGUCGAGCGGAAUAUACGUUAAAAUCCCCUGAAGAGCAGGGAAACCUGCGAAACAGGCUUGUAGGGAUUAAAUAGCCUCUGUUUUUUUUCUUGACCUAACGUAUAUAAAGAUUUUUUUUUUGUUGUUGUUUAUUUAUUUAUUUAUUUUUUUUUAUACCGUCUGUCCCUCUCGGGGUCGCGGGGGUGGCUGGAGCCUACAUGUUUACUAUAAAAGGAACUAUUGGGUCAUUUCGCCGCUGUUCUCAUCAGCGCUUCGUAGGCUACGAUAUGCGAUGACAACAUUUAACUUGAACAACAAUUUGAGGAAAAACUUUUAAAUCUGAUCAUUCGGGUUCGAGACUACUAUUAAACCCCAGGGGUAGAUUGUUUGGUUACAGUUUAUCCAUGUCAAAAGACAGAUCAAUAAAUAUAUGAAUAAAAUAAAAGUAUGUUUUGACAUGUAAAAAUGUAACGUUUUUUUUAAAUGAAUUUAUUUAAUCCAAACACGGGCCUAAAUUGUAUUGAUUUAUUAGCUCGUUCGCCAUAGUGCAGUAGAGCGGGUCAUUGUUUUGUUUGCUCUGCGCAAGCGCAGCUGGGUGCUUCGCGCAGGCGCACUGCUGCGGUUAGCGUCAGCUCGCCGGCAGUAUGAGUAAGGACGGCAUACGUUGCCUCAGCUUUUCAUUGAAUAUCCAAACAAACAAAAAGAGACAUCUGGGAAAGACUUGAGAGGCCCAAAAAUGAGCGUGGGCGGAGGAAGGCCGACCCUGUCAGCAGCAGGCUGAUAUCUUUUUAGUGAAGCCGUCGGACCAAAGAUUUCCGGAAGCUACAACAAGACGUGGCUUGAAGCCCUCCCACACCCAUGUGUCACCCUUCAAGGUCAAAACGUCUCAACACCGAAGGAGUGAAAGUGAGAGUCCACGUCCACAAGCAGCACUCCCAGUGCUGCGAGGGCGAAAUGUGUUUGUGUCGGGCCUGACAGGAAUAGAAGGAGCUGGCCCAGCCCCACCUGCCGUGGAUGAGGAGCACCACAAGUGGAACCACAGCGCUCCCUCGUGGAAGGAAGACGUCAACGUUAGCUCACCUGUUUGUGUCCCGCUGACUGAUCUUCUCCUUGCAUCUCCAUCCUAAGAGUUUCCUGCCUUCCUGCCAUCAUUCAGUUUUCUCCAGUGUUGGUGCAUUCUGAUGGAUCAGCAUGUCCACCAAUAAUAACAUCGCCCAGGCCAGAAAACUGGUGGAACAGCUGCGCAUCGAAGCGGGCAUCGAACGGAUUAAGGUAUCCAAAGCAGCCGCCGACCUGAUGAGUUACUGCGAGCAGCACGCUCGUGGCGACCCGCUGCUGGUCGGCGUUCCCACCUCGGAAAACCCUUUUAAAGACAAGAAGCCCUGCAUCAUCCUAUAGCUGCGCACCACCGUCUCACACACACACAUAUAUAGAUAAAUACACACACAUGGCCAUUAAGUCCCAAACCAACACACACACACACUACAUACAACACACACACAGUCCCAAAAUAGCCUCUCUGGAAAAGCGCCAUAACCUGAAGCCGGAGUGAUGAGUGUGGAGGUGUUGUUUGGUGGAGGGUGUUCUUUUUUUUCUUCUUUUAUUUUUGGUCCUCACAGUGGCUGAGACAGGCCAAGGUGCUUUAGUAUAAUAUUCACAUUAUGCUGGUAAACAAUACAAGUGUCAUCUUAAAUGGAGGAGCAGCAUUUAUUUGGAUGAAUGCUGGCAAGGAGCAUCUUUUACCUCCUCUUUUGCUUAGCAAAGGGGGGUAUAUGUUGCUUUACACUCUAAAUUGAGCUUUUUGAGAUUAUGGGUGGGCUUGUUCCUACGACCCAUUACGUCAUCUCCAGAUGACGUAAUGGGUCGUUUCUGGACUUUUUUUGGUGGGGUAUUUUGUUGACGUGCUCAUGUUGUCUUAAGCUGGGCAUACACCGUACCGUUUUAUCAAUUUGCACGGUUUGUACGUUAAGCGCCUGCCUGCACGUUGGGUCAGAACUGUUCCGCUCAAGUCCUGCAGAUGGCAUUAUGUGCGGCUAAAAUAUUGGUAAAGACGUGCCAUGCCGAUGUCGUCCACUUAUCAUCUGUGCCUUGAUUUGGGUCAAUAAGUCGUGACUCGAUUUGUGUGAGGGAAAUUAAUUAAUCUGAUCUUCGUACGAAAUCGGGGGUGACCUUAAACCAGGGGUGUCCAAAGUGCGGCCCUGGGGCCAUUCGCAGCCCGCAGCAUGAGUUUUGUCGGCCCGCAGCAUAUUGUCAGGGAAAAAAACAUAAAAAAUGCCAUAGAUUAAAGGGGAACAUUAUCACCAGACCUAUGUAAGCGUCAAUAUAUACCUUGAUGUUGCAGAAAAAAGACCAUAUAUUUUUUUAACCGAUUUCCGAACUCUAAAUGGGUGAAUUUUGGCGAAUUAAACGCCUUUCUAUUAUUCGCUCUCGAAGCGAUGACGUCACAUCGGGAAGCAAUCCGCCAUUUUCUCACUUUCGUCGGUGUGUUGUCGGAGGGUGUAACAACACCAACAGGGACGGAUUCAAGUUGCACCAGUGGCCCAAAGAUGCGAAAGUGGCAAGAAAUUGGAUGAAAUUUGUUCAAAAUACGAGGGUGUGGGGAAAGCCGACGAAAUGGUCAGUCGUUUGUUCCGCACACUUUACCGACGAAAGCUAUGCUACGACAGAGAUGGCAAGAAUGUGUGGAUAUCCUGCGACACUCAAAGCAGAUUCUGACAUCAACUCCAAAACUGGACAGAUCAGUUUUCAGGAAAAGAGAGCGGAUGAGGGUAUGUCUACAGAAUAUAUUAAUUGAUGAAAACUUUAUUCAUUACUCGCGGUUUUACGUAAAUGAUUAUACAUAAACUGUGUUUACCAAUAAUUUAGCUUAAAAACAUCAAUUUUUUUCAAUCAUUCGAGUACAUUCGGGUAGUCUUGUGUAAUGCAGUAUUUUGUGUCUAUUUAGGUAUGGUUAACCUGAGUGCUGAAAUCGUGGAAAAAUAUGUUCUUAGCGCGCCUGAAAUGGGCUGUCUGCACUCUCAAAGUGCAUGUUGUUGCCAAAUGUAUUUCAUAUGCUGUAAACCUAGUUCAUAGUUGUUAGUUUCCUUUAAUGCCAAACAAACACAUACCAAUCGUUGGUUAGAAGGCGAUCGCCCAAUUCGUCCUCGCUUUCUCCCGUGUCGCUGGCUGUCGUGUCGUUUUCGUCGGUUUCGCUUGCAUACGGUUCAAACCGAUAUGGCUCAAUAGCUUCAGUUUCUUCUUCAAUUUGGUUUUGGCUGCCUGCCUCCACACUACAACCAUCCGUUUCAAUACAUGCGUAAUCUGUUGAAUCGCUUAAGCCGCUGAAAUCCGAGUCUGAAUCCGAGCUAAUGUCGCUAUAGCUUGCUGUUCUAUCCACCAUGUUUGUUUGUAUUGGCAUCACUGUGUGACGUCACAGGAAAAUGGACGGGUGUAUAUAACGAUGGUUAAAAUCAGGCACUUUGAAGCUUUUUUUAGGGAUAUUGCGUGAUGGGUAACAUUUUGAAAAAAACUUCGAAAAAUAAAAUAAGCCACUGGGAACUGAUUUUUAAUGGUUUUAACCCUUCUGAAAUUGUGAUAAUGUUCCCCUUUAAAAAGGAAUACAUAAAAAAAAAUGGAACGUAACGUUCAAACUGAUAAAUAAUAAUACCAUAUUUUUGGUACCAUAGGAAUUCUGAAAUAAAAUCAUGUCUGAAGUCCAGAACACUCUACACAUUUCCCCAGUUUUAGUUUAGAGAUAAGGAAAGAUUGGCCUGGCCCACUAGCAUCCCUCUUUAUGUUUGUGAACUUUACAGUCUAUACAAUUAGAGUGAUGUGAUAAUCAAACACUCUAGAAGUCUAGAAUGAAAGAGCAACAGUAUAUAAGAGAAUUGACAGAGUGUGUGUACCUUCAGUGCGCAGUGCCUCGUUAAAAACCAGCCGCUGUUGCUUAGGAGGUGAAGUGUGUCUCUCUUUACUAGCUUCGUCGAAGCAUGUUGCUUUUGUAGCUGUUUCAGCAGAUUUGAAUUGCUAGGAUAGGAUCUUUGAUCCAAGACACAACUUACAUUUAACUAAAAUGUUCUUUUCUUUGUGGUCGACAGAAGAAAAGUAGUGAGAAUAUCUCCAUGUUAAGAAACUCGGCUGUCUUGUUAGUAAACACAGACACGCCCCCUCCCGCACACACACACACGCACACACACAGCGCGCGGCGGGCCUCUUCCUUGUCGCCUCGUUUGCAGCUCUCCAAUAAAACACACUCAGAUCUUCUCAGAUUCUAGCCGAUACUACAUAAAAAAUAACGUAAAAUAACGCAGUAACGCAUCAUGUAGUAACGGUAACUGAGUUACUGAAUAUAAAAAAUAACGCGUUAGAUUACUAUUUACCGCCAAAAGUAACGGCGUUACAGUAACGCGUUAGUCCCAACACUGCUUAUAACACAAAGUUUCGUCUUUGAAUACAUAUAAUAUAUGCUUUUGGCGUGUUGUCUUUCAAAACUAUCAAAAUGGCCCCGGCAUACUUUGACUUUUCAGUAUGUGGCACUUGGUGGCAAAAGUUUGGACAUCCCUUCCGCAAAGACUCUAAUUAUAGUGUUUAUUUACGUAUGUCGCAAAUGUGACGGAGACGUUAAUUGAAAUUCGAGACUUAUCUCUCACAAGUCCUUUUUCCAAUUUUAAUAGCGAUUUGGAGUGCAUGAAAAUGGGGAAAGGAAAAGGGCGCGCUCUUCAGUCACAUGGUCAUUUAUACGCGAGCGCAUUGCCGCAACACAGAAGCAAUGCCGUGAUAGCGCUAAGGAGCAAACAGCUUAGUCAGCGUUAUUAGCGCCGAUAAGUUGUCCUAAACAACAGCAUGAAAAGUGUCACACCAAGAAAAAGCAAUUUAAAGCGCAUGCAAAGGUAGAUCAUUCCGCAGCAAUCCUCCAGAGUUCAUAGAAAAACGACAUCAGGAGUUUGCCUACAGCCACAACUGUUGAUGCCAGAAUUUUUUUUGGAUUCACAGCUAAUUGAACGCUGCUUUUGCCAACUGUGGAGGGGGGCGUGGCCUGCGGGCCUGCAGCGAGGCGGGGUGU